CGCAUGGAGCAAACGAAUUGCAACACAGUGCAGACGGAUGUGAUUGAGGCAAGAAUCACCUGUAUUCUGGCAUUCAUGGUGACACACGCAUGGGGUCAGAGCGGCUGGAGAUGCGCAAGAGACAGAUGCAAGUACACCAGGAAGCCGCGGCCAGUGUCCUCCAAUCACAGCACAGGAUGGGGAACAUGCCCACCAACGCCUCCAAUGCCUGUUGUUUCUGUUGGUGUUGCUGCUGCAGCUGCUCCUGUCUGACUGUUAUGACAGAGGAUGAGAGGAUUCAAAGAAGCACCUAUGAGAGGAGGACAGAGGAAAUCGCAAACUGUGAUGACAGCCCCAAGCCUACUCUGGAGGAUGCGACAAUGUGGACCAUGUCGUUUGAGAGGCUGAUGAAGAGCCCCGCAGGGCGGGGCUGCUUCCGACAGUUCCUAAGGACAGAGUUUAGUGAAGAGAACAUGAUGUUCUGGUUGGCCUGUGAAGAGCUCAAAAAGGAGACCAACAAAACUGUGGUGGAGGAGAGAGUACGACAGAUCUAUGAGGACUUCAUUUCUAUCCUCUCCCCUAAAGAGGUGAGUUUGGACUCACGUGUUCGAGAUGUGAUCAACAAGAACAUGCUGGAGCCCACGUCCCACACGUUUGAGGACGCCCAGCAGCAGAUCUACACGCUGAUGCAGAGAGACUCAUACCCACGCUACAUGAAUUCUACAGCGUAUGCAGAUUUACUGCAGGACCUGGAAGAACCACCACCUGCCACAGAGCCAUAGACUCUCAUUCUCCAUCAAUCACUCUACACAUUGCUUUUAGAUGACACUUGCGUAUCUUAGGUCCAGCUUUCAGUUACAGUUCACAUGUUGAUUGAUCAAUAGGCUCUAUUUACAAAAAUGUCUACAUUAAGGUGUAACUACUGUUUACUACCUUAAAUAUUGGCUUUCCAAAAUCUUCAAAGCGAGCAAGAACAUACGCUGUAUUCCAUUUCAGAUUGCAAGAUGUUUCCAAAUAUAUUUAUAUUUUUAUAUUGCCUAGCACUUGACAUUGCACUUUUCUAUAGUUUGAUGAGGGGAAAGCAUGUUGUAUCUGUUAGCACUGCAUUUGUGUAGUUCUAUUGUCAGACUUAAAGCAUUUUCAGUUAUUUUUAAUUAAAUCUAAUUUCACUUAAUAUUAAGAAGACAUGGGAAAGUGCCUUGGCAUUAAAUCGUUUAUCACUACACCUUUAACAUACAGUACCAGUCAAAGGUUUGGGAACACCUACUCAUUCCAUGGUUUUUCUU